AUGCUGCUCGAGCUCCGGCAUUGCCAUGCGAGCGGUGGGGCCGUGCGGGCAGUGGAGACGGGCGCCGUGUGGGGAGAUGCCCAGGACAAGGAUCCAUCCUUGCUGGUGGUGCAGGGAGCUGGAGCGGGGCAGCGGUUCCUGCAGAAAUACGGCUACCUGGGAGCGCUGCGGCACGGCCAGCCCGGCCCGGAGGCGUUCAGAGCAGCCCUGAGGGAGUUCCAGCGUGCGAGCCACCUCGCGCCCAGCGGGCGGCUGGACGCCCCCACGCUGCAGCAGAUGGGCCGGCCCCGCUGCGGCACGGGCGACGGGCACAGCCAGGACGCCUGGGCCCGCCGCGGGCGGCGGUGGAAGCGCUACAGCCCGCACGGCGCCAAGUGGCACAAGCGGCACCUCACGUACCGCGUGGUGAACCGGCCGCCCUACCUGCCGCCGCGCGAGCUGCGCGCCGCCGUGCGGGCUGCCUUCGAGCUCUGGAGCAACGUGUCGGCGCUCGUGUUCUGGGAGGCGCGCGACGGCGCCGCCGACAUCCGCCUCGCCUUCUUCCACGGCGACCACAACGACGGGCUCAGCAACGCCUUCGACGGGCCAGGAGGAGCCCUGGCUCACGCGUUCUUCCCGCGCCGCGGCGAGGCCCAUUUCGACAGCGACGAGCGCUGGUCCCUGCGCAGCGGCAAGGGGCGCAACCUCUUCGUGGUGGUGGCCCACGAGGUCGGCCACACGCUGGGCCUGGAGCACUCCCCCGUCAAGAGCGCCCUCAUGUCUCCCUACUACAAGAAGCUCAGCAAGGACUUUGUCCUCAGCUGGGACGACGUCUUGGCCAUCCAGAACCUGUAUGGGAAGCCAUCCAAGGGCUCAGCCAUCCAGCUCCCCGGAAAGGUGUUCACUCACUUCCAGGACUGGAGCAUGGACCUUUCCGAUGGGGAACGGCAGCAGAGGAGCCUCAGUGCCUAUUACUGCCACUCCUUCUUCGAUGCCAUAACAGCUGAUGCCGACCACAACCUGUACAUCUUCAAGGGCAGCCGCUACUGGCUGGUGCCGGCGAGCGGCAACGCCAGCGACCCGCAGCCCCUGCACAGCCGCUGGCCUGGCCUCCCCGCCGCCCUCGACGCCGCCGCCUGGUCCCAGCUCAGCGGCAAGUUCUACUUCUUCAAAGGUGGCCGCUGCUGGCGCUACAAAGGCUCCGUCUUGGAGGCGGGUUUUCCACAGAAGUGCAGCGCGGGCGGCCUCCCGCGCCACCCCGACACGGCCCUCUACUUCCAGCAGCUCCGGCACCUCGUGCUCUUCAAAGGGGCCAAGUACUUCGUGGUGAGCGAGGAGAGCCUGCACGUGGAGCCCUAUUACCCCCGGAGCCUGCGGGACUGGGCCGGGCUGCCCGCCGGCACCGCCGGCGCCCUGCGGCACCGCGACGGCUUCCUCUACUUCUUCCGCGAUCACCAGUACUGGCAGUUCGACCAGGCCAAGCUGCAGGUGGUGGCCACCGGCAUGUGGGCCACAGAGCUGCCCUGGAUGGGCUGCUGGGACGCCAACGGGGGGCAGGUCCUCUUCUGAGCUCCUCCGAGCCCGUGCGGUCCUUGACGCAGAUUCCUGUGUCCGG